GUUCUCGUUACUGGUGGUGCUGGUUAUAUUGGCUCUCAUACCGUUAUUGAGUUAUUGAAUGCUGGUCGUGAAGUUGUUAUUUACGAUAACCUUGAUAACUCUUCUUAUGAAGCCGUUCGUCGUAUCGAAAAAAUCACUGGCAAGGCCCCUAUUUUCUAUAAGGCUGAUAUUCUCGAUAAGAAGGCUCUUUUAGAGGUCUUUAGCCGUCAUGCUAUUGACUCUGUCAUUCACUUUGCCGGUCUCAAGGCUGUCGGAGAGUCCACUCAAAUCCCUCUCGAUUAUUACUACAACAACAUUACCGGUACCAUUAUCUUAUUACAAGCCAUGAAGGAAUCUAAUGUCAAGAACAUUGUCUUUUCAUCUUCUGCCACCGUUUAUGGUGAACCUCCUGUCAUUCCCAUUCCUGAAACCAGUCCUACUGAUGCCAAGAGCCCUUACGGCCGUACCAAGCUCUUUGUUGAACAUAUUAUCCGUGAUCUUUGUACUGCCGAAAAGGAUUGGAACGCUGGUUUACUCCGUUACUUUAACCCCGCCGGUGCCCAUCCCUCUGGUAUUUUGGGUGAAAACCCCACUGGUAUCCCCAACAACUUGAUGCCUUUCUUGGCUCAAGUGGCUGUCGGUAAGCGUGAAUUCUUGUCUGUAUUUGGUGAUGAUUAUCCUACCCGUGAUGGUACAUGUAUUAGAGAUUAUAUCCAUGUUGUUGACUUGGCCAAGGGUCAUUUAGCCGCCUUAAAGAAGCUCGAGGAAAACCCUGGAUGCGUUGAAUAUAACUUGGGUACCGGUGUUGGUUCUACUGUCUUGGAGAUGAUCCAUGCUUUUGAUAAGGCUGUCGGUCGUGAAUUGCCUUACAAGAUUGUUGCACGUCGUGCUGGUGAUGUUCCUAAUCUUACUGCUGACCCCACUUUGGCUAACAAGGAAUUAGGCUGGAAGGCUGAGUUAUCUUUAGAUGAUGCUUGUAACUCAUUAUGGAACUGGCAAAGUAAUAACCCUCAAGGU